AUGGCGCUGGCCCUUUGGGAUCUGCUACCGCCAGGGAAAAGCUGGGCCGACGCAACUGAGGAAGAGGCCCGCGAAAGUUUCCUAGCGUGGCCCCACGAGCAAGCACCAAUGGCGGAUACAAGGCCAGCAGACCACCAACGACCAGAGGAGCACACGAGCUGGCGCAACGCAAAGACAGCGGACCGCGACGCGCAUGUGGACAACGAUGCUCUUUGCUAUCCCACAGCCCUUCCCGCAGAUUUGGACGAAGAAGUGCAUCAGUUUGUGACAACGGCGAUGCGGCCCGACGCUGCCAAUUUUGGUAUACGGCUGGGUAUGUGGCAAGCUGAUUUGCAGCGUCGUUGCCGUGGGCACGAACUACGAAACCCAUUCUGGGAAAUAAUCGUCUAUGAUCUGCAGAUCGAUUUGCGCGUUGAGAUUGAAGCGUUUGUGCGUGCGCUGCAUCGCAGAUGCCUGCCUGUGAGACUGUUGCGAGACUGGCAACAACGACUGCGUCAGCGCACACGUGAUUUUCGCUUUGGUCGCUACCAUUGGUAUCUCCUCGUGCGCCGAGUAGACUUGCGAAGGCCGCGUCGAGCAAUUCCAAUGCCCUUAGAAGAGCUGCUAGGGCCUCGACCGCCUAGACCACCAGAGUGCACUGAGCGACAGGCUCUGGCUGGCAACGCGAAGCUGCUGCAAAAUCUUCACGACGCUGCAGACGCUCUGAGAAGCGUGUCCACCUAUUUGAUGGAGGCUGGGUUGCGAAUGCCGGGCUUUGAGCACGCUGAGGACAUCGAUAUGAUGAGCGGUUGGCUACGUGUUUGGGACCCGCCGUAUCACCGGUCUGUCCGCUAUGAAUCAGUCCCCGACUUCAUGUGGAACAGCUUCAAAUACCCUGCUGCGGGCAACAUGGAGGAGUGGAUCCAAUGGCAGCUCUAUGAAUCUCAACGUCAAGCAAUAUCCCCUCUAGAAGCUGUGCGGCGCUUGAACCCAACCGUGCAAGGCGAUGCAAACUUCGAAAAGCUCCUCUCCUUGUUGGCAGCCGGGCAAGCGACAUUCUUCUAUUCGCCUCUGGUGUUGGACGCGACUGGUGACAGAGACCAUGGCCCUUCAGAUUGCACGGGGCCUGGCCUCAUGAUCCUCUUCAAAUAUCACGGUUUCCCCAUGGCUUUUUGCUUUCGCUACACAGAAAGAGCUUUCAUGGAGAAGCUGUUUUGGCCCUGGGUGGAUUCCCUUGAGGGAAUGGUUUUGAGGCGCUAG